AAUAUUAGAUAGAAAGUCAGGUUGUACCUAUUGAGAAAAAACUUUGAGAGACAUUUAAAAUGAUAUGGACACAUUCUUAGGCAUCUAAUAGAUACUCCAAUUAGGCGAUAUGAGACGAUGAUAAAUACACACAUCAAUUGAGGAAGAGAGAUCAAAGAAAACUUAGUAAGCAACUAUAAAUUAGGAUAAUAUUUAUUUAAAUAUAGAUGAGAAUAUAGUAGGAGAUCAAGUUUAAUGACAUAGGAGGAUUCAUGCCACUUUCACUAACAAGAGUUCAUAAUGUGGUAGAGAGUCUGACGACACCUCUCUAUACUGACACUACUUAUGAGGAACAUCCACUCCAUAUCUUGGAGCACAAAGAGCACCAACUUCGAAAGAAGAGGGUGCGUCUAGUGAAAGUAGCGUGGUAACGUUAUACUUAUUGAGAGACUACUUAGAAGCAUGACGAAGACAUACGAGAAUGAUUUUCUCACUUUUCCCUUUAAGUGAACUGAAAAAAAAUUUGGAGGACCAAAUUUCUUUUUAGGAGGACCAAAUUUCUUUUUAGGAGGACCAAAUUUCUUUUUAGGAGGGUAGGAUGUUAUAUAUGCUAAAAUAAUAAUAAAAAUAAUAAAGGGUGCGAUUACAACAUUUUAAAUUUCUUGAAUCUUUUUGCAAAAGUAUGGUUAAAAAGUAAAUCUUCGACUUUUUUUUGCCCCUUUCUCCUCCCGUGACCUUCUUUUGCCUUAACGAGCCGACAUUUUUAUUUUCCCUAAACCCUAAAUUUCCUCAUUCAACAAAAAAAACUCUCUAGCGGCCACAACCUCUUGUUGUUGCAGCCUUGCACCGCCAUAGCCUUGCAACGCCACCGCUGCCAUAGCUUCACGACACCACCAUCGUCCGUGCUAUGCUAUUGCCUCGCAACACUACUCUGCAAUGUUGUCGUCAUCUUAGCCCCAUAAAGCCACUACUUUCGACAUUGCUAUUGUGGUUGUUAUCACCUUCAUAGGCAGCUUCAUACUGUCACAAUCUCCAUGGCAUGUUAGAAGCAGCCAUUGCCCAUGCCAGAAUCAAUCGACGCCCAUGUUGGAAGUAUCAUUUACCAUGCUAGCUGGCCAUUGUUAGCAUUGUUGUUGCUUGCUACUAGCGAUGUUGUGCCGCCCCACCUAGCACUAAAUAGGAAUUGAUUGACCUUUUCACGCAACUAUAGCCCAGUGCUUUAGUUUACAAUGUUUGGGACUUAUGAUUCCCAAGGAGGUGGAUUGGAAAUAUGAGUUAGAAGUGACCAUGGAGCCUCAAGGUACAUAAUAUAACAUACGGUGGAAUUUCUUUAUUCAAGGGUAGCUAUCAUCUUUAGGAUGUCUGGAAGUUCUUCUAUCAAGAAUGAACUUGGACCUGAUUUUCAUGGUUAUUACAAGCACCAUUUCUUGGAGCUGUUUCCUCAAAAUGGUGGUCAUGUUUCACCUCCUUUCGAGUCAGAUUUGGAUCCACUUUUAGGAUACCAAACAGGAGAGGCUGAAACAGUUAUUACUCCAAAGAAUUGUGAGACUGAUAAAAGUUAUCAUCCUCCCAUAUCGUUCUUUGCCAGAGUAAUUGGUGAAGAGCUUUCAGAAUAUAAGAAAGAGACAUUGAAGGCAAUACUACACCAGACUGUGGUUUGUCUUAAUCAGGAAGCAGAUGAGAUAUUUGGCCAUAUCCUAGCAACUCUCCAAAUCUCAUCAGAUCUGCAGGCGAAAGAGCAGUUGCCAUGUAAUUCAACUUUCUUCAUUAAAGAGACCAGUGAGCUUCUUGGUAGUAAGAAGAGAAAGUCGUCUUCUUCUCCUGACAAAUGUGAAAGUUUCUCUAACACUCUCAAUUUCAAUUCUCAGCUUUGCCAACUGGAGCAGAAUGUUGAAGAAUAUCUGGACAUGGUUGUCUCCAAGUGCAGACCUAUGACACUAGCUGAGAAGCAGCAACUUGGUAGAAAGAUCCAGAAGCUUCCAGAGAAGGCACUUGAUCGUGUGGUAGAAGUCCUUCAAUGUAGUAACUCUUCAAGAAGCAGUCCUGCAGACACGAUCUCUGUAAAUCUUGAAGGGCUGGAUGAUGUGAUCCUGUGGAGAUUGUACUACGUUGUUCAGUCUGUAGCGAAAGCAAAUGAGCUCUGAUUGAGAAGCCAGUUUGGAAGUAAAAAAGGAGUGCUUGUUCAUGAGCUUGGCUCAUUACAAAUUUUUGCCUAUUGAUGACCCAUUGCUCAUUGUGAGCUCCCAGGGGAUAAGUUUCAAUCCCAGUCACGACUUCGCCAUUGUGGCACAUCAGAUCCUUGUGCUAUUUUUGUGGAUCGGACAAAGGGUCCAUUGAAAACCCAAGGGGGCCCAUCCACUGGAUUCAAUCUUGGUGGUGAGAGUUGUAUUCCUUUUUCUUGUAGAUGAGUACAAAUUUUAUCCUGAGGUUAUUUUUAAAUUCACCGUGUGUUUCAUCU